UGGAGAUCGGCGCUAUGCAGCAGUCUGACCCGCAAACUGAGCUACUCCUGGCUGCGGUUAACGCGUUAUAAACAAACGCACGCAAUCCGUCAGCGCACAGCCAAACGCAUGGUGGCUUCGACAGUCUUGUAUAACUGCUUAGACCGGAAUAUUUAAUUCGCUGUGGAUUUACGAUUAACGAUACCCCCUCGGGUAGUUAACCGGAUUACGAGUGUCGAUAUUAAGCACAAACUCCGCACUCCUCCCGGAGCCUGUAAAGAUUGAUCAGUUAGCUAGCUGGCUGGCUGGCUAACUACGGAGAAAUGACAGAGCUGAGAAAGCGAGGAAGAGGCGGGGACCUUGACAGCACAGAAAACAUCAGUGACAAGGAAACAGAUGGAGAGGACAGAGUGGGCCAGGCCACAGAAGCAGAGGGAGAGGGAGAGGCUGACGGAGAGGGAGACUCCAAAGCCGACACGCCGGAAGUCGCUCCAUCCAUAGACAACACUCCAGAAUGCCUGAACAAAGCCCUGGAAGGGCUCUCCUCCAGGUGGAAGAACUGGUGGGUUCGGGGGAUUUUAUCCUUAACCAUGAUCACUGGCUUCUUGCUGAUCAUCUAUCUGGGGCCUCUCAUGCUUAUACUUGUGGUCAUGAUGGUCCAGAUCAAGUGCUUCCAGGAAAUCAUUACCAUUGGGUACAGAGUUUACCAUUCGUAUGACCUCCCGUGGUUCAGGACACUGAGCUGGUACUUCUUGAUUUGUGUGAACUACUUUUUCUACGGGGAGACGGUGGCAGACUACUUUGGCAUGCUGGUUCAGAGGGAGGAGCCGCUGCAGUUUCUGGCACGCUACCAUCGUUUCAUCUCCUUCGCCCUAUACCUGGCAGGUUUCUGCAUGUUUGUGCUGAGUUUAGUGAAGAAACAUUACCGCCUGCAGUUUUACAUGUUUGCCUGGACCCAUGUCACACUGCUGAUUGUGGUUACCCAGUCUCAUCUCGUCAUUCAGAACCUGUUUGAAGGAAUGAUCUGGUUUAUUGUUCCGAUAUCCAUUGUGAUCUGCAAUGACAUCAUGGCCUACCUGUUUGGUUUCUUUUUUGGAAGAACACCCCUGAUCAAGCUCUCUCCAAAGAAGACCUGGGAAGGAUUCAUAGGAGGCUUCUUCGGCACUGUGGUGUUCGGGUUCAUUUUCGCCUAUCUCCUGGCCCAGUACCAGUACUUUGUGUGCCCGGUGGAGUACGACAGCGAGACGAACAGCUUCACAGUGGAGUGCCAGCCCUCCGAGCUGUUUGUGAUGCAGGAAUACACCCUCCCCGCUAUGGUGCAGAGCGUUCUGCCAUGGAAAACGGUGAACAUGUAUCCGUUCCAGGUGCACAGCAUUGCUCUCUCCACCUUUGCCUCACUGAUAGGGCCUUUUGGUGGCUUCUUCGCCAGCGGAUUUAAAAGAGCUUUCAAAAUCAAGGAUUUUGCGAACACCAUUCCGGGACACGGGGGCAUCGUGGAUCGCUUUGACUGCCAGUAUCUGAUGGCCACAUUUGUACAUGUUUACAUUACAAGCUUUAUCAGGGGGCCCAACCCCAGCAAGGUGUUACAGCAGCUCCUGGUCCUGCAGCCAGAACAGCAGCUCAGCAUCUACAACCUGCUACGCUCUCACCUGAGGGAGAGGGGGGUGCUGCCCCCUGCCGCUGCUGAGGCCGAGUGACUCCCCCCUAACCCCUCCCCACGCACGGGCCCCUGUGACCCCCGUGACCCCCACCGCGACCUUGAAACCCUGCCACGCCCCCCAGAUGUGGCUAUUUACCAUGACCAAACUACUACUCCUGACAUCAGGGGGUUGCCCUGGCAAUAUCAGCAGCCCUCAUUGUGCCGCAGGACUUGCAUGGCAUCGUACACACCUAGCAGACGACAGGCAGAGGCCCCGGAGUGUCCUCGGCAGGCAAACGUUAUUGUUCCAAAGACUUACUGCUCGGGUGAAACCAGAUGUCUUCCACAAGUGAUAGGAGCCAAGCACAUGGUGACAAGAAUGUAGGGCAGGACAGAACUGCAGCUUCUUUCUGGAGCUACAUCCAUGUGCAAAGAUUGCACUGAUUUUUGUUCAAGUAAAAAAAAGACACAAAAGACUGUUCUCUGUUCCCUAACCCUGCCCUAGCAACCAACACUGGGGGUACCCAGCUGUCAGAAUCUUUUAUUCUGCUAUAAUGGGGGUUUAGCACAUGCUGUAUGGAGUGUAAAUGGUCUUAACUCUGAGCAAAAAAAAGGAUCAAAAGUAAGUACUUGAAGUAGAGCUGUAACUGCUGAAACUAGUCUUUUUCUUCUCUUUUGAGCAUUACCAAAUGAGUGGCGUAUGUUUAGGUUAGAGGCCUUCUCCCAGUGCUGUAGGUGAUUAAUUACGGUUGACCGUAGCUGGCAUGGCAAUAUAUACUGUAAAUACAAUACUAUAGCAACAGC